AUUUAAGAGGUACGGUAGAUCAAGAAAGCAUGCUUUGCGAGAAUUGUUUAAUGGACCAGUAAAGUCGAGCUUGUUUGGCUAAAAAGUUGUUCUUUCGCUUCACUUUUCUUAUCAUGGUAACUAAUAUGUCAAUGAACAUACUUCGGUCUAACAAUUUGUUUCUCUAGGAAUGUGUAAGUAAAAUGACGCAUUUUUUCUUGGGCUUCCUGCCCGCCUGGCAUUUGUGGCCGAUUAUAUUGUUGUACAAGACGGAUAGAUUACCGUUCGACUUGUCACCCUGUGUAUGAACUUGUGAAGUCAGUCGGUGCAAGUUGACAAAGUCUAGCGACAAUUAUAUCGAUCAAAUCUUAUUGAUACUACCCCGAGUCGAUUAACAAUUCGUAAUUGCACAAUCACGGUAAACGACUGAUCCUUGAGCUUGAAGUGACACUAAGUGAUUGUCAGAUCGAAAUGGCUAGUAAGGUGCAUCUGGCCACCCGAGGUCUAGAUAGCAAACAAAUUUCAGAAUAACAUUGAAGUCGCAAGAAUUGAUCAGUAGAAUCUGCGCAAGUACAACGCUGAGUAUACGAGCCUCGCCUAAUAUCAUUGAGUUGUGUCGACUUUAAAUGAGGCCCUGACAGAAUAAAUGAAUGGUAAGCGUGUUUCAAUUUUACCUUUGCCAAACGAUUUCAAGUCAAAUGCAUUGCUUUUGGCCUUGCCGUUGCGGUCAAGCUUUCUUGGUCAUAAUGAGAAAUUCAUUGCAAUGGAGCAUGCGCUAAUGUAUAUUCAAAUACACAAAAUGGUUAUUUGUCGCUCUCCAAGAAGUUCUUUCGCUUAUACACUCCAAGCUGGCAUCAAGUGACGAGGUGCUCAUGCGUCGUUUACAAAGCGCUUUUUUUUGUUCACUCGUACAGCUCUGCCGCACCUCCAUCGAUCAAUACAAUCACAAAAUUCCCGUAAAUUAUAUUACUGAUUUGCUUUUACACGAUGUACACCCAUGCAUAGCAACUAACGGCUGAUUCAUGUCACGAGCGUAAGAGAGGGGUAGUGUUGGAAGGUUUGAUGACAAUGUUAAACAGGAUUGACGGUCCGAGUGAGAGCGAUGUUUGCACUUUGAUGCUGCAGAAUUGCUAAACGAUACAAAUGUGUUCGUGCUACUCAUUUCUUACUAUACCCUUUACAGGUAAAAAUUAAUGCAUACAGUGGGGCCAGUAAAAUAAUUACGGAAUAGUUGUUAAAUUCACAUAAAAUUUACUGAGAAUAUAUCUUACCCCACAACUUCUUAAUCUACGCGCAAUCCAGCCAGCCACUUUUAAGAUCGUCAUCGUUCACAA